AAAAUACAAAAAAAUUAGCCAGGCCAGGAGGUGCCUGCCUGUAGUCCCAGCUACUCAAGAGGCUGAGGUGGGAGGAUGGCUUCAACUUGGGGGGCAAAGGUUACAGUGAGCCAAGAUAGCACCAUUGCCCUCCAGCCUGGGAGACAGAGAGAUACGGUGUCUCAAAAAAAAAAAAAAAAAAGAGAGAGAGAGAGAGGAGGGAGGAGGAAGAGAUUCUAGAGACUCUCUACUAACAAUGCACUUUUACAAAGCUCUAAUACCUGUGCCUUAUCCUUCUUUCACCCUCCCACCCUUCUCACUGUGACACAGGGAAGAAACCAGUAGAAAAUGGAGGGGCAUGCUCUAAUAAUACCCCACAUGUAAUCCCAUCACACAGUGAGACACACAAGAGCAUUUUCUUGGACAAGGCACUCCACAAACCAAAAAAAAAAAAAAAAAAAGGUGCUGCUUUCCUAUCUGUUCUAUGAAUCCCAGAGAUCCAUCCUACCACCGCCUAUUUUUGUUGUUGUUGUUCUCCCUGGCACAGUUUUGCAGCCCCUGCUGUUCUUCUAGAUUAUGCUGCAACUUCACAAAUUCUCCUACGUGACUCUGAAAAAUUAUAGACAGUGCAGGUCUGCAGGUGAACUGAGACGGGGAGUAGAGGGACUCCUUGAAACUUCAGGGUGGAGGAAUAUGGGGAGCCUAGAGACAGCCGGUGUUUGGUGAGUAAUUUGAUCUUAGAUAAGCAAGAGUUAAGGAAUAUCUUCCAAGUGGUUUUCCCUUGGGCGGUGUUCAAAGAAAGACACUCAGCAGAGUCAAAGCUUAGAUAGCUUCCUGGGUAGCCUUUACCCUGAGGAUCUGAAGGGUCUGAGGAGGCAGCAACCACUUGGAACAGGUCCAGAAGCAUCUCAUUAAGCUUUUGAUGAAUUACUUAUGUUCCCUGCAGCUCUUUUUGCCUGACUCUUCCCAAGAAACCACUCCUUCUGCACACCUCCCUAAAUGUCGGUAAGUUCAUAUCCUAUAUAAGCCCCUAUGUAAAGUCACUGACCCAUUUCCACUGCUGCUCUCUCGUCCGCUGCUCUGAAGCCUCAACCAUGGUGCCCAGAAUUUUUGCUGCCAUCUUCAUUUUUGAACUGGGUUCAAACUCAGAAGGAGUCACAGCCCAUCCAGCCCCGACUCUUCCAGAUCCUAGACUGUGGCUAUGCCAGCCAGCGCCCAGGUGCGGGGAGUGGACCUACAACCCCUUGGAGCAGUGCUGUGAUGACGGUGUCAUCCUAGACUUGAACCAGACCCGGCUCUGCGGCUCCAGCUGCACCUUCUGGCCCUGCUUCCAGCACUGCUGCCUGGAGUCUUUGGGCUCUCAGAACCAGACAGUUGUGAGGUUCAAGGUCCCAGGCAUGAAGCCAGAUUGCAAGUCCUCCCCUAUCACCAGGAUCUGUGCCCAGGUGGACACCAGGGAGGAGACCCCAGCGGCGCAGUGCAGAUCCUCCUCCUGAGCCCCAGGAACCUAGCACCCUCAGCAAGGUCGGCACAGUGGCUUCGCCAGUGGCUGGGACCCUGAAGAGAGCACCACUCCCACUUCCCAGCUCGGGCCCCCAAAUCAUGGCCCCAGAUCUGCAUCAGGCCCCUUUAUCCCACCAUAAAAACUAGAAACAAGCUAUCUGUGAAAAUGCUUUGUGAUGUGCCUGAAGGCACUGCUCUCCCACUGCGCUGCUCCCCCGCUACAGGCGACCCAGCCCAAUCCCAUGGUGCCAGCCCCCAAGACUGCAGCUGUGGAGGUGCUGUCCACCUCCUUCCUGCACCCUCCCUGCAGUGGCCAGCGUGAUGGCAGCG